CGUUGUUUGCCAUUAAUGGGUGGCUAUUUAACCAAUAGUGGAGUUGUGGAUUUAAAAAGGUUACAAUAUAUGGUUACAGAACUUGGUAAACAAGAAGAUGAUAUUUUUCUUCGACGAUAUCGAAAUGAACAAAGACGAGCUCCGCAACCUCUUCCUGCCCCGAAACGUCGAAAGGUCAAGGCAAAUAAAGUUAUAGACAAGUACAAAAUAAUUUUUAAUUCCUUAACUAAUGAAUACGCUACAUAUAGCUUGCCUCAUUUGCCAAUAGGGAUGCCCCUUCUCCCAGUAAAAGGAUUUGACUCGCACCUUCGUGCGAAGUCAAAUCAAGAGGUAGUUGCUAAUAGACAAGAAUUACGUAUAGCUAAUAUAAAUGCCGCUCAAUUAUUAAAAGCAGAAUUAAGUAGUUCCGACACCACUACUUCAACAGCAAAUAUUAAUAUAACAAUCGAUAAAAACUCAAAUUCAUCACUUCAAAUGGAUUAUGGUAGUUCUGAAGUUUCAGUUAAACAAGAUAUCGUUGCCAGUAGCGAUGAGGCUUUAUCAACAUCAUUGACCACGUCAAAAGAUGAAGAUGAAGAUCAUGCUGAUUCAAUUAG